AUGUUGGGCGCCGUGAAGAUGGAAGGCCACGACGCGGCGGACUGGAGCUCCUACUACAGCGACACGCAGGAGGUGUACUCGCCCAUGGCCAACAGCGGCAUCAACACCUACAUGUGUCCUGCGGCCAACAUGACCCCCGCCUCCUUCAACGUGUCCUACAACAACACCGGCCUCGGGACCGGAACCAUGGCCGGCAUGGCCGGACCUUCCCCCGGAGCCGUGAACGGGAUGAGCGGUGGGGUGUCGACCAUCAGCCCGCCCAACAUGAGCUCCAUGUCGGCUCAACAGGCGUCGAUGAGCGCCCUCGGCCCGUACGGCGGCAUGAGUCCAGCCAUGAGUCCCAUGUCGUACAGCCAGGCCAACCUGAAUCGGAACCGGGACAAGUCCUUCAGGAGGAGCUACCCACACGCCAAGCCUCCUUACUCCUACAUCUCCCUCAUCACCAUGGCCAUCCAGCAGGCUCCCAGUAAGAUGCUGACCCUCAGCGAGAUCUACCAGUGGAUCAUGGACCUGUUCCCGUAUUACCGACAGAACCAGCAGCGCUGGCAGAACUCCAUCCGGCACUCACUCUCAUUCAACGACUGCUUCGUCAAAGUGUCCCGGUCUCCGGACAAACCGGGGAAAGGCUCCUACUGGGCCCUGCACCCGGACUCUGGGAAUAUGUUCGAGAACGGCUGCUACCUCCGCAGGCAGAAGCGCUUCAAGUGCGACAAGAAGUUGUCCGGGAAAGGAGAAGGGAGGAAGGAGCAAGUUGGAGUUCCGGUGUCGUCUCCUACCGGGGACAGCAACAGCAUCAAGGCCGGCCACAUGGAGGCCCUGUCCGCAUCCAGUCCUCACGACCUCCGGACCUCAGAGCUGAAGGUGUCCGGCUCCCAGCUCCACCCCACGGGCUCCACCGUCCCCUCCCUGUCUUUACCUCCUCACUCCAUGGCGCACGACUCCCAGCUGCACCUCAAAGGGGACCCCCAUUACUCCUUCAACCACCCGUUCUCCAUCCAUAACUUAAUGUCCACCUCUGAGCAGCAGCACAAACUGGACUUGAAAGCCUACGAGCACGCGCUUCAGUACUCCUCCUACGGCCCCGGCGCGUCCAUGUCGGGCCGAGUCGCGGAUCCGUCCGCCGCGGAGGCGUCCUACUACCAAGGCGUGUAUUCCCGGCCGCUGCUCAACACGUCCUAG